AUGCUACUUCAAUUCAUCCUUCUAACUGCCACGUUCCAUGGGUUUGUCUAUAGUGGAUUUCCUGAUUAUACUCCAUACACAUAUCCCGAUUCAAUGACACAAUCAGAACUGUGUGGACAAAUUAAACCAUCAUUUUUCUGUGAUCCGAAUAACAUUGUUGCGAGAAAAAAGAGCAGUGAAAAUGAGACAGUUCAAGAGGAGCAGUUCAUGGAGAAAGAGUUGCUGUACGUUCGUGGUGAGACCAAUUGCUCAUGCUUACAACAAUCAAUGUGUUUGAAAUCUCCGCCCAGAGGAUACACAAUCUCCAUUGCAGUCGUGGAAAAGAUGCAUUUGGAUAAUAACGAAACAUCUCGUGAAUCAGUUCUUCGCGCAGCCAAAAUAUUUGCUGACGUCAUCAGAGAUCGGCAGAACCGCGGUCAGUGUGACGACGAUCUGGUGAUAUUUCUGUCAGCUCGUGAUCAAGUUGUAUAUACUUCUGUUGGUUCUUCGAUCAGAGUUGAUGAUUCGGUGAUUCGGAAAAUUUCUGAACAAGGAGAGGUGUUCUUCAAAAAAAUGCAAUAUCGAGAAGGUUUGGAGUGGAUGACAAAACAGUACAAGCAUGUGUUGAAAGAAGAGAAAAUGGAUAAACUCUGGAAUUGGCCACUUCCUGAAUGGGUCCUCCUUACCCUUGCAGGACUUGUACUUGUUGUUCUCGCAACUUUAAUCUGCACAAUAAUAUAUAUGUGCAUUCGAUUCUGCCGAAAAGAUCGUCGUGAUGAGUACUCAAUGGUUGAACAUUGA